AUGGGGGCAUGGCUGGUUGAGUGUCGUGACCACGGCGCGGUGGCGCUCAAGGACGUGCGAGUGGACGUGCCGGAGGCGGUGGCGCCAGGCGACACGGUGGCGCUGCGGUGCGACUACGACCUGGAGGGCGAGUCGCUCUACACCGUCAAGUGGUACAAGGGCCGCCAGGAGUUCUUCCGCUUCGUGCCCAAGGAGCUGCCGCACACGCGCGUCUUCCCGCUGCCCGGCGUCAACGUCGACGUGAGCCGCUCGGGCGCCAAGCAGGUGGUGCUGCGCGAUGUACAGAUGGACCUGGCGGGCAAGUACCGCUGCGAGGUGUCGGCUGAUGCGCCGUCAUUCCACACCGAGGUGGUCGCCAAGCACAUGCAUGUCGUGUACCUGCCCGAAGGAGACCCCCGGCUGUCCGUGGAGAAGCAGCGCUACUCAGUGGGCGACACAGCGCGCGCCAACUGCAGCUCACCACCCUCCAGUCCGGCGGCCAACCUCUCCUGGGUCGUCAACGGCAAGCAGGCGAAGGAGAGCCGGCUGGCGCGCUCCAAGGUGCGCACGGGAGAUUCAGGCGAGCGCGAGGUGACCACGGUCUGGCUGGAGCUGGAGGUCCAGGGCUCCAGCUUCCAGGCGGGCAAGCUGCAGUUACGCUGCGAGGCGCAGCUCUACCGCCUCUACAGCCGCGCCGCCGAGGUGGUGCUGGAGGAGGAGCGGCCCCGGCUGGCCUCUGUGCUGGGGACGCGUGAGUCGUCCCUGGGAACAGGCGUGAAGGGGUGCGCGGCCUGCUGGACUGCGGCCCUCGCUCCUCUGGUGCUGGCCUUCUGGAGGUAGCAGCAGUGACGUCCGCCGCACCGCCCCCUGCCCAGCAACCCCUAGCCUCUCGUGCACCCCUCGCGGGAGCACCCCGAGCAAACACCCGUGUGCGUCGCCCCGCCGGUCUCGCUGUUCUCUCGUGUCUCGCCCGGUGUCCAAAACAACAACAACCACCACCGCCGUCACCAAACAGUUUCUCUUCCCCUUUUUUCCUUUCCGGUAGCUUUAUUACUGCAGUUGCUUGCUCAUAUAUAAAUGUGUUGUGUAUAAACAAAACUCAAUUUAAAAAUAUAUAUUAUUACGUGUAUUUUUUGCGACUAUUUGUAGCAUAACUUAUAUUUUUCCGGCUUGAAAACUAUUUUUUUUACAUCAUAAAAUAUAAACUUAUUAAUUGUUUAACCUUUCAGUC